AUGCAUUCUCAUGGAAAGUUAGUCUGCUGUGAGAUUUGCAAUAAAGAAUUCUCAAAAAAAUACAACCUAGUAAUCCACAUGAGAGUACACACAAAAGAGAAGCCACACAGUUGCAGCAUUUGCAAUAAAGCCUUCUCAUCAAGAAGUAGUCAAGUAAACCACAUGAGAGUUCAUACACAGGAGAAACCAUAUAACUGUGACAUUUGCAAUAAGGCAUUCUAUGUGAAAAGUCAUGUAGUUAGCUGUGAGAUUUGCAAUAAAGACUUCUCAGCUGAGUCUAGCCAAAGAAAACAUAUGAGAGUAUAUAUGAAGGAGAAGCCAUACAGCUGUGAGUUUUGCAAUAAGGGUUUCUCACAGAAAGCUGGCCUAGUGAAACACAUAAGAGUACAUACAAAGAUAAUGGUCAUCAGCAUGUGUGAGGAUUUGGCUGUGUGGUUUUUAACUAAUUCUGAGAGGAACACAGAAGAACAUCCAGCUUUCAUGUCCUUGUAUACGUGUCUGAGUGUCUGUAUAUGCAUAAAAGGCAAAAUCCCAAAUGCUGAUCCUUGCUUAAUCAUGUUUGCUAUCUAA